AUGACUCGUUUGAUAUCGAAUAAUUGCCUGAUGGUCCUACAAAUUAUCAAGAAUUACCCAUCUCUAUCGCAAUCCCAGAAUCUUGACAGCGAACUGACUAUUAUUCGUCAAGUAGAGAAACCUCUUUUGGUGAACGCAUGCAGGGAACUAUUCCGACUGAGUUUAAAACAGCUUCAAAAUAGUGAGAUAUUUCUUGGAAGCAAAGAAUCCAAAAUUUUUAAUCUAAACUUAACAGCUCUUGAAAAAGAGAAACAUUUGCUCGCGGGAAAGAUUUUUGCUAUAUCGAUAAUUCACGGCGGACCCCGACCCAAUUUCGUCUCAAAGACUGUAUUUAAUUACCUGGCAAAUGGUUCUGGAUAUCCAAUGCUAGAGGACUUACAAAACACCCCAUUUCACAAAGCCAUAUGUGAUAUAACGGCGAGUGAAACUAUAGAAUCCUUUCAAAAAUUUAUCUCAAGCCACGAUAAGUUACUGGAUUUGGGGGUGUCACCGGCCUCUUUCGAAAAUAAGGACAAACUAAUAAAAGAAAUUAUACACUAUUUGGUUAUUGACCGUCCUAGAAGAGGCCUUGAGCAAUUUGCUGAGGGUCUAAAAAUGCUCAGUGUUCUCUCUCUGAUUAUGAAGUAUCCUGAACAAGCAUCGUCUUUGUUUUGCUUUAAAAAAGAGACACACCUUACAGCAAAAUACCUGAACCGUUUAUUUUGUGUUAAAAGAUCAUCUGUUGGUACGCAGCGUCGGUUACUGGAGUCCCAAACAACGGCUUUUUGGAGGGAUUACCUCCAGAAUUGUGAAGAUGGUGAUUGUCAAGUUUCCUUAUCUGACGUAUUGGCUUUCGCGACAGGGUGCAAUACCGAACCUGCUUUAGGAUUCGAUCAACAACCAACGAUAGAAUUCCUGCAUGAUGAUCCAUCUUUGUUCCCAAAAAGUAAUACAUGUGCCCUUAUUUUAUAUUUACCAAUAGUGGCAAGCGAUGAUUAUGAAAUGUACAAGAACAAUUUAACAUUUGGAAUAUUAAAUGGCCUGGCCACCUUUGAGCUGCCCUAA